AUGCUGGCGCGCUGGCUGCGGGGCGGCGCGAGGGGCCAGGCUUGCAGGAGGUUCUCAUCCGCUGCGGGCCAGCGGGUUGUUUGGGCUUGGAACGAGUUCGAUCCGCUCGAGGAGGUGAUCGUCGGCAUCGCAGAUGGCAGCGCCGUGCCGCCGGACGAGCCUGGGCACAUGUCGAAGGUGUGGCACCUGCCAGGCACCAUCGCGGACAUGGGCAAAAUGCGGCCCGCGGACAAGGUGCAGAAGGCGGGAGCAGAGCUGGACAACUUCGCUGCAGUGCUGGAGGCCAGGGGCAUCACCGUGCGCCGGCCCGCCAAGAUGCCCAACACCGCGGUGACCGCGCCGCUGUGGGAGUCGCCAGUGAUGAACGGCUGGACCUGCCCCCGCGACACCCUGCUCGUGGUCGGCAACGAGAUCAUCGAGGCGCCGCUCUGCUGGCGGUCCCGCGCGUACGAGAAGUUCGCGUACCGGCACAAGGGGGCCGAGGCCGAGCACGCAGGGGCCGCCGUGCACGUCGCGCCGCCUGCCACGAUCGGCAGCAUUCCGGACGAGCUCUUCCGGCCAGGCUACAACGAGCCGGGGAUGACCAUGGAGAGGAGGCUGGAGCAGAUGGCGCGGCGCGAGUUCGUCACCGUGGACGGCGUGGAGCCCGUCUUCGACGCCGCGGACGCCAUCCGCUGCGGGCGUGAUGUGUUUGUGCUGCACUCGCACACGUGCAACGUCCUGGGCUUCGAGUGGCUCAAGCGGCACCUCGCGCUGCGCGGCGUGAGGACCCACCUCGUCACGAUGCCGACUGUGCACAACCCUUCGCACAUCGACGCGAGCAUCAUGCCGCUGCGCCCACCAGUCGGGAACGAGCGCGGGGUGAUGCUGGUCGCGCCCCCCGUGGCCGACAGCCCGAUGGUGGGCCUGUUCGCGGAGAACCGAUGGGACAUCCUGCGCUGCCCCGAGCCGGAUGACUGGAUGAGCAGAGAUCCGGACUACAAGGGGAAGAGCAGCAAGUGGAUUGCCAUCAACGUCCUCGCUCUGGACAACGAGACCGUCGUCGUGGCCGAGCACGAUGAGGCGUUGAUCAAGGCGUUGGAGGAGAGGCACUUCAAGUGCGUGGCGAUCCCGUUCAAGAACGUCAUCGAGUUCGGGGGCGGCAUCCACUGCGGAACUCAGGACGUGCGGCGCCGGGGCAAGUGCGAGGACUACUUCCCGACGCUCCGGUCGUCGGACAUGACCUCGGACGAGCAGCUGAGGUCGUUCGAGUGA